GGAAAGACUCCACAGCGCCCAUCAUCAUCAUCAUCAUCAUCAUCACCACCACCGCUCAGUUCCCAAACAAACUUUACCAACUCACACUCCAAUCUGCAACUUUUCCUCCAGCACUCCCCAUCGAAAACUCCCGUCGCCAGCCAGAUCCGUUGGGAAAACAAAAGCAGAAAUGUCCCCUCCGUCCGCACGGCUUCAAACCAAACCCGUGAUAACGUGUCUGAAGACGUUUCUGAUCUCGUACAGUCUGAUUUUCUGGUUCACAGGAGUGAUCUUAUUGGCUGUUGGAGUAUGGGGAAAGGUUAAUUUGGAGUUUGACCUCCUCCUGACUUCAGACAAGGGCACCAAUGCACCGUAUGUCCUCAUUGGGACCGGAGCCGUCAUCAUCAUCUUCGGGUUGUUCGGUUGCUUCGCCACCUGCCGUGGAAGUCCGUGGAUGCUGAAGCUGUAUGCUAUGUUCCUGACUCUUGUGUUCUUAGCUGAACUAGUGGCAGGCAUAUCCGGCUUUAUAUUUAGACAUGAGAUUAAAGCGGUGCUUCAAGGUGUCUAUAACAAAGCUGAAUCGGUCUACAGUGGUAAGGGUAGCGAAGAUCUGGACAGAAUCCAGAGGACACUUCAAUGCUGUGGAGAGAAGAACUACACCAGCUGGGCAAACACGGAGUACUUCAAAAAAGAGGGCAUCCCCAAAAGCUGCUGCAACGUGACUGCUGGUGUAAACUGCACUUCUGCAGAACUUAAAGAUCUUGGCACUGCUGCAUCAGUGGUAUAUCAACAGGGCUGUUUCUCUCUGAUGACUACAACCUUGGAGGCAAAUCUUGGAAUUAUUGCUGGAAUUUCUUUUGGAAUCGCAUUCUUCCAGCUCAUUGGGAUAUUCCUGGCUUGUUGUCUGUCUCGCUACAUCACCAACAAUCAAUACGAGAUGGUUUAGUGAUCCAUGGGGUAUCAACUGGAGAUCACAGAGAGCUGAACCUGAGAGAAAAAGGGAAACCGUUUAGUUUCAGUGUUUUGUAUGUGUGCCUUAGCUAAACAUUUCAUUUUAGAGAAUUUCUGACCGCUUUUUAAAGAAUAUUUCUUGUUGGUAACUACAAAGGGAUACGACCAUUUUGCAUUUGUUUUGAAAAAUAACAGCGAUUAGAUUUAUACUGAGGUUUGUAGGAAGCGCAUGUGUUUUAGCCAGUGUUAAACCAAGAAACAGUUAUGCAGAUAAAUAGUGUACUGCAAACCACGACCGUUUCAUUGGCAUUAACACGCGCUAAAACUUUGCAUCUAGAAAAACGGUAGAUUUUUUUUGCAUGCAAAUUCAACAUUUGCAAAAUAGGAUGUUUUUGAGAAUAACUUGAUAAUUUGACGUUCAAGAUGUUAUCCACUCAGCAUGUUACAUAGGGGGUUCUGAUUGUCACCAGCAGUUCAUUUUCAAGAGCUUUUUUUAAUGCAUGUACGUUCAUUGCUGUUCGGAUUGCUUCUGUGAAAAUGAUGUGGUUAUCUGCGAUUUCUCCGGUCUUUAUUAAUGCAGCUGUAGUGUUAAUUGCAAGGUUGUUGAAUGUCAUGGGAGUGAUGUUCUGAAGAGAAAAGUUGUAAUGUCUCUUUGACUUUGUCUUCAAAAUGUGAAAUCUUUUGUCGCCCAGGUAACAAUAUUUAACGUGUACAUACGAAUCUACAAAUAUCAUCAUUAUCUAUACAGGGGUUGAGCUGUAUUUAACGACAUCUUUGCAUUUGUAAGGAAAAUAAAUCGAUGUAUAAUCUAGAUUACUUUUUAAACUGUAACACUUAUCUCUGGUCACUCCGGCAUAAGCAUACUGUUUAGUUUUUGCAGUAAGAUAAAGCGCCCUCUGUGUUUUGUCAGCAUAUAAAUUUACUUUUGGGGCAUGUACACGUCGUAUCUUUAAUACAACAAAUUGUCAAAAGCCUGUUCUUUUUGUGCAAACUGUAAAAUGCUUAGGAACAAUAAACACUUUUCUAUGAG